AUUUCAGCCCACAGAAUGGAGGGGUCUAUGUCAACUGCGAUUCUCUGUUACAGGUUCGGAUUUCCGGCAAAGUAUAUAAGCAGUAGCGAUUCAGUUGAAAAUCAUACUCAACUUGAUUUCUCAAGUAUCCAGUACACCUGUCUGAACUCCACUAAAGAAAUGAUUGCUUUCAAAGUUUUGGUUGCCUUUGCGUGCAUCGCCUUCGUCAUGGCUGAUCAAGAGCAAAAGGAAGUCGUCGAACAACAAGCGGCUGACUCUGACAGCGGCAAGGAUCUGCAAACAGCCGAGGGUACCCUCGGAGCGUAUGGAGGUUACGGCGGACUUGGUUAUGGUGGACUCGGCUAUGGCCAUGGAUUGUACGGUGCCGGAUAUGGUGGAGUAGGAUAUGGCCAUGGGAUUGGUUAUGGAGCUGGAUACGGAGGUUACGGAUUAGGUCUCGGUUAUGGUGGACAUGGUCUUGGAUACGGAGGAUAUGGAGCUGGUUACGGAUCCAACUAUGGACACAACCACGGCAGCUCUGGUUACACCAGCAUCAACAAAGUGAUCAGCCAUGGAUCAAAGAGCCACAGCAACGCCCACGCCCUUGGACAUGGUCAUGCUCAUGGAUACGGCCACCACGGACUAGCUUAUUAAAAUCAUUUUUACUCGCUGACCUCUUGAAUCCAUAGAGUAAUAUCAUAAUUAUACGGAGAAGAAUGGCAGUCUAUUAAGAAGUUGAUUGGCCAUCAAUACAAAUAAAGCUGAAGCACAUCGAA